CAUCCAGGAAGAGCCUCAUUAGGUGAAGCAGACCAUUAAGCCAAGGACUCCCACAGGUCUCGAACCAUGAGACUUAACCCGUCGUGAUCUCUCCUCGUACGCGAUCGCUUCAGCAUGGCCUCCAUUCAUUGGAAGCUGUCGUCCCAGAAGCUGGGCUUCUUCCUGGUGAGCUUUGGCUUCAUUUGGGGAAUGAUGCUGCUGCACUUCACCAUCCAGCAGAGGACGAUGCACGAGAGCAGCGCCCAGCUGCGCAUGCAGAUCCUGGACCUGAGCAAGCGCUACAUCAAAGCUCUGGCCGAGGAGAACCAGGGGGUGAUGGAUGGACCUUACGUGGGGACCAUGACUGCGUACGACCUGAAGAAAACUCUGGCUGUACUGCUGGACAGCAUCAUGCUGAGACUAGCCAAGCUGGAAUCCAAAGUGGACACCAUCAUCUACAAUGGUUCAGCUACCAACCUGACCAACAGCACUGUUGCUACAGUGCCCAGUUCUGCCAAUGCUGAGAAGGUCAACGUGGCAGAUCUUCUAAACGGAGCGCAGGAAAAGUGUGAGCUGCCUUCUCUUGAUGGCUUCCCGCACUGCGAGGGCAAAAUAAAGUGGAUGAAAGACAUGUGGCGGUCGGAUGCGUGCUAUGCAAAUUAUGGAGUGGACGGAACCAUGUGCUCUUUUUUCAUCUACCUCAGCGAGGUGGAGAACUGGUGCCCUCGUCUCCCGUGGAGGAACACGAAUGUUAACAAUGAGGUGGACAAACAUGGACAGUUGGAGAUCCGGACGAGUCUGGACGAGUUGUACCGGAUGAUGUCCCGGCGUGAGGAGUUCCGCUGGAUGAUGUUAAGGAUAAAGAGGAUGGAGGAACCUUGGCUCAGCGCUGUGCACUCACUCAGUCUCAAACAGGAUCUACACAACCGUAAACGAAAGAAGAUUCUGGUGCACCUGGGACUGCUUACCAAAGAAUCAGGCUUCAAGAUAGCGGAGAAUGCGUUCAGUGGUGGACCGUUGGGGGAGCUGGUGCAGUGGAGUGACCUCAUCACCACCUUAUACCUGCUGGGCCACGACAUUCGCAUUUCAGCCUCCAUCGCUGAGCUCAAAGAGAUAAUGCGUAAGGUGAUGGGAAACAAGUCCAGCUGUCCCACGCAGGGCGACAAGGUGGUGGAACUCAUCUACAUUGACAUUGUAGGCCUGUCCCAAUUUAAGAAGACUCUAGGGCCCUCCUGGGUUCACUACCAGUGCAUGCUUCGAGUUUUGGACUCAUUUGGGACGGAGCCAGAAUUUAACCACGCCCACUACGCCCAGACUAAAGGUCACAAGACACCGUGGGGGAAGUGGAACCUUAACCCACAGCAGUUCAACACCAUGUUCCCUCACACCCCUGAUAACAGUUUCCUGGGAUUCGUGGUGGAGCAGCACCUGAACGCCAGUGACAUCCGACACAUCGAUGACGUUAAGCGCCAGAACCAGUCGUUGGUCUACGGAAAGGUUGAUAACUUCUGGAAGGAUAAGAAAAAAUAUUUGGACAUCAUCCACUCGUACAUGGAGGUACACGGCACCGUCCACGGCAGUAGCACGGUCCAUCUGCCCGGCUAUGUCAAAAACCACGGCAUCCUCAGUGGACGUGAUCUGCAGUUCCUGCUCCGGGAGACCAAAUUGUUCGUAGGCCUGUCCUUUCCUUAUGAAGGUCCUGCCCCUCUGGAGGCUAUAGCCAAUGGGUGUGCGUUCCUGAACCCGAAAUUCAACCCACCCAAGAGUAGCAAGAACACAGAUUUUUUCAAAGGAAAGCCGACCCUGAGAGAGCUGACGUCACAGCAUCCGUAUGCUGAGGUGUAUAUUGGACGGCCACAUGUGUGGACUGUGGAUAUAGAGAACCAUGCAGAGGUGGAGAGAGCUAUCAGAGCCAUUCUUAACCAAAAGAUUGAGCCCUAUUUGCCUUAUGAGUUCACCUGUGAGGGCAUGCUGCAGAGAGUCAACGCUUUCAUCAAGAACCAGGAUUUCUGUCACGGUCAGGUGAUGUGGCCUCCUCUCAGCACUCUGCAGGUGAAACUGGCUCCAGCAGGUAAAUCCUGUAAACAAGUGUGUCAGGAGGAGCAACUAAUCUGUGAGCCGUCCUUUUUCCAACAUCUCAACAAGGACAAGGAUCUGGCCAGGUUUGGUGUGGAGUGCAAGACGGUGGAGAGCGUAGGCGACAACGUGGUCCCGGCGUUCAGCGAGUCUGCACGUCACUGUGUGCUGCAGGCCGAUCUGCUGCUGUUCAGCUGUGCGGGCGCUCACACGUCACUCCAGCGCAUCUGCCCCUGCAGAGACUACAUGAAGGGACAGGUGGCUCUGUGCAAGGACUGCUUAUAACACGCACACACACACACACAUACGCACACACACGUUUCCCCUAGCGCUUUAGUUGACAGGUAUGGUGCAGCUGCUUGGUUUUGCAUGGUGUUUGGACACCCCUUGAUUAAAUUCCAUUUUCUGUUGAUUUUGAAUUGAAAAUGUUGAUACCUAGUCGAAUUAUUGCACAAUUACCGUUUAUUUGCUGAAUUUAACACUUUGGAUCAAAUAUAAAAACAAUAUGGCAUGUCAGUAGGGCAUUUUUUAAGUUAUUUUUUUUAUGUUUUUGUCAUUAUAGGUUAAAUUCAGCAAGUGCACUGAAACUAUUAUUAACAAAAGUACUAUCAGAGGUUUGUUUCCUAUAAAAGUUGUAUCCUUAUUUUUUUGCUCAAAAUCUAAAAAACGUGGAAUUUGAUCGGGGGUACAAACUUUGGCACAGGACUGUCAAUCUUAUCUUUUUAUCCAAUAAUUAGGAAUAUACUUAAAUUUACAUUCCGGUAUUUAUCAGAAGCGACUUCCAAUUAUGACUGAAUACAAUUUGUGCAAUCAAGGGUUAAGAGCCUUGCUCCGGGGGCCCAGCUUGUCAGUAGUAGGGCUUGAAUUGUCAAUUUUUUUAUUACUAGUCCAGUACCUUAACUACUGAGCUAUUACUACACUUAUAACCCAGUAACUCAGGCACUGAUUCGAGAUGCUCAUCAAAAAUCAUAAUAAUCAGUUAAUAAAUUGUGAUUUAUUGUUGCGGCGAUCACUGACCCAGCAGUCUAAAGCGCUAGCCCACCAGCGUUCGAAUCUCAGCAGUGCUACCAUCCUGGCGGGCCGCUUAACAAUUACAGUAGGCUGUGUCUGCGGAAGGCAGGAUUGAAUAGGGUUUGCUUCUCUCCUCCUUUCUACUGUAACUGACACAAGCAGCAGAGGAAAUGGAAAUCCAUUUUAUCCGCUUAUACAAUUAGGGUCUCGGGAGGGGGGACACAUCGCAGGACACACACACAUACACACACACACACACACACACUCACACACCCAUUCACCGAUAGGGCAAUUCAGUGUCUCCAAUUAACCUGACUGCAUGUUUUUGGACUGUGGGAGGAAACCGGAGCUCCCGGAGGAAACCCACACAGACACGGGGAGAACAUGCAAACUCCGCACGGAAAGGACCCGAACCGCCCUGCCUGGGGAUCGAACCCAGGACCUUCUUGCUGUGAGGGAAAAAUUCAAAAAAAUAAAAUAAAAAAUCAAUAGUAAAUGUCCGUGUAUCGUGUGUAGACGCUCAGCCAUCUGAUAGCACAGCUGAGAUCCGUUUCUCGACCUCUACGGUGAUUAGUUGGCAUAACAGGCCGCUGCGCCACCCGCACAAUAUUAGAAAUGAUAUUAUCAACAGUACUUCUGGUAUUCCAAAGGAGUCCCCCAAAAAUAUUAACACUCAUCUCUAAUCGUUAUCACUCAUACUAGUUAUUGAAUUCUAAUUAUUUAAGCAGGAACAUUUCUUUCGGAUCUCACCCACCAGUUUUGAUAACGUUUUUAACUAAUUCGAACGAACAGCAACAAAAACAACGUCCUUAACCAUGUUUACUUAUUUUAGCUUUCUACCAGUUGGUCUAAUCAUCUGAAGCGGCUCAACCGAAGUGAUUUAGUUUAAUCUGUAGUGAUAGUGGUGCUCCAAAAGCAACUACCUAGACUGACGCCGGGGGAAACACUGCACGUUCAUUCACAAUCUGAACCCUGAGUGAAGCACCUGAGGAUCAAUCACGUCCGAUCAUCUCAGUCCUCGAAUUUCUCAUCAGCACUUUGGUGCUGGUUGUCAAACGUAUACAAACACUGAGGACUCGACCAACUGCUGAACCUUUUUCCCUUUCAAAAAUAGCCUGGAAUACUUGAACGGGCUCGCAGGUAAACUGUAAACUGUACUCAUCACUGCCACCUGUGUGUGUGGAGGAGGCACUGCAGCGCUGCGUUGUUUCUUUAAUUGAUCAGCACAGGACCGGCGAGCUUGACUGAAGACGGGACCGUGUGAAGACCGAGCGCUCAAAGACUUUCUAUAGAAGAUUUUCUAUUGGGACUGCCUGCACUGACCGGCAGUGAUGUGUAAAUACGGAUUUUAAAAUGUAUAGAUGUAUUACAGCGUAUACACACAACACACGCUUAGUUUCUGCCUUCUGUACUUCGUGAACCCCGUUUUGGUUUUAUUAUCCGUCUGACUGAACACACACCAUAGCACGAGGGAGAGCUUGUGUGGUGCUGCUGCACUGAAACCUACACUCCAACACUCCAAAAACAAGCCAAUACAAAACACACACACACACACACAGACCUCAGCUGGUCCUCGCAUUUUAAUAUCGCUGCUUCAUAGUCGAUUUACACAGACUAAUUGUAGAUGUUUUAUUACGGCAACACAUUUUUAAACGUGUACAUAUUAUGGUCGAAGGAUUGCAACCGAAUUGUUCAUUCACCUGCUUUUUUUGAUGAUUGUUGUUCAUUUUUGUGACUUUCUCUUCAUUCUUGAAUUGCUCAUUUGCCUGCUAAAAUAUUCGAUGGAACGAUCCUGCACUAUGCUAAGCUAAUUACUGAGCGGCGAAAGUAUCAACACUGUACAAUUGUUCAUAAGGGUUUUAUUUAUUUUGUAUACAGCUCUGGUGAAUAUUAUAUUUUAUUUAUAAAGAAUCGAGGAGGGAAAUAUUAUUUAUCAGGAUAGGUUAAAUUGUGUUGAGUGCACAUGCUCGUCCAAAACAGCAUUAAUAUGUAACAGAGGGGACAAAGUUGUGCUCUUAUAAAAGAACUGUAUUGAGACCUAAGGAUCCAGUUGGUUUUAUUACAUCAUAGGAUGCCACAUUUCCAACAAAUCAGCUUUCUGAUUUGUGCCGUUUGAACAGAACCAUCUUGCACUGUUGCAGCUCUCAUUACCGAGUUAGGAACCACCUCUAGAAGCAACACAAGAUCUAAAACUGCUAAUCAGGAGCUUGAUGAAUGAGCAAUACCAUGAGUCAACCGUAGUGGUGCAAAGCACAGCAGUUCUGGACUCCGAAGUAAAGAAUCACACUUCACCGACUUGACCAAACGUUUAGUGCCAACUGAAGUUCGUUAUAAAGUUUUGCACGUGAACUCUGAGCCGUAGUUAAUCAUUUGGGUCAGAUCCUGUAGUUUUAAUAACAGGAGACUCUCAAUUCCCAAACGUCUCUCAAUUUCAGAGAUCCUGUACAAAGCUGCUUUAGUAACCUUUAGAGUAAUAGACACACGACCCAAUCACCCAACCCCGACUGAGAACUGCUAACAAUUCAACAUAAUUCAACAUAUGAAGGAACAAAACACAAAAAAAUUAUUGGAAAUUGAGUCAAUAAUCCGCAUAACUUAUUACACUUUUAUCUCUUCCAAUUCUAAUUUUAUUUCUCAGGGUCGCUGUUGUGGACGAGCCCUGCACUUUAAGUUCUGUUAAUAAGGUCAAACCUCAUGUGAGCUUUGCGUGCGGCACCUAUGUCCCCGCACGCCUGUAAAUUCGGACGGGUUCUUCGCUUUCUUCUAAUUUAUUCCGUGUUCUGUUCAGUGCUUUGUUCUGUAUAUAAUAGUGACUGACGAUCUUCAGCCAAGCUACUGUUUUUAUGUUCUGUACAUGACGUGCCUUUCCGAUGGUAAGUAAGUAGGUGCAAAAGUUUUGUGAAGGUAAACAGAGUAGUUGUGUUACUAUAGGAAGCUUAGAAAUUAAAAGGAAAAUAUAUAUAAGAUUUCUGACUGAUUUACAGUAGUUUUGUCAAACUGCUGAUGGAAUAACGUUAAAAAAUACAUUCAUAUUUUGUAUUUGUUUACAGCUCUAAGAGGGAAUGAAAGGUGCUCUCAUGAUGAUGAUGAUGAUGAUGAUGAAGGGUCGGUGAUUGUAAAGACGACAGUCAUUCAUUAAAAUGUAAUUAAUAAGAUUAGAAAAGGCCAGUGAGUUAGAGCCAGUAAUUACUGUAAGUAUUGUUGGAAAUGUUGAUGCAAAUAGAAGAAUUGAAUGUUUUUUAUUGUUUUGUGUUUGUUUUUCGACUCCACACAUUUGCUAACUUGUCAGUUUGUUGCGUUUACAUUUUGAUUCAGAUGUUUAAUGUGGACAGACAGAAGAGACCUGUUAAGAGCGGCGGGGGGAAAACGUCUCGUUUUUAUUUUUUAAUAUGCUGGAUAUAUCUUUAUUUUUCAAUAAACUUUUCUGUGACAACAGAAAUGUAAACGUAA